AAGCAGACGUAUCAGGGAUCGGCGGGAAAUUUUGAGAAGGAGAUGGAGAGGCUCUCCGCUAAAGAAUCACUCCUCCUCGCUUUUAAGGAUGCUGGAGGUUUCCAAUCUUUGGUUGGUGGGAAGACAACAGAAAUGCAUCGCAUUGAUGUCAACGAGAGAAUCAUUGGGCUUGAACGGCUAAAUCCCACUCCCCGUCCUACAACUUCCCCCUUCUUGGAAGGCCGGUGGAAUUUUGAGUGGUUCGGCUCUGGUAGCCCUGGAUUAUUUACUGCAAGAUUUCUGUUCGAGAGGUUUCCUGUAACUUUGGCAAAUUUGGUGGGUUUGGAUAUGCUGAUCAAGGAUGGAUAUUCUAAAGUCACAGCAAAUCUGAAGUUUCUUAAUUCUAUAGAAAGCAAGUUCCUCCUUACCACCAAAUUAUCUGUAGAGGGGCCUAUCCGAAUGAAAGAAGAGUAUGUUGAAGGAUUGUUUGAAACACCCACUGUUAGCGAACAGGCUAUUCCAGAACAGCUUAAGGAUGCACUUAGACAAGCAGCUGGUUCUCUGCAGCAGCUCCCAGCUCCUAUAAAAGACGCUGUAUCUAAUGGACUGACACUUCCGCUUAGUGGUACUUUCCAGAGACUAUUCAUUAUAUCUUAUUUGGAUGAAGAGAUAUUGAUCAUAAGGGAUUCUGCUGGUGCUCCGGAUGUCCUUACAAGAUUAGAGGGCCCUCUCCCACCAUUAGCAGAUGAGACCAUAGCCACAGAGUAUGAAAGCUAGCAUAAGAGUCUGAUGUAAUGACUUUCUGAGGACAGGAAGCAUUUUAUAAUUCUUUUUUAUUGUUUUAUUGUAAUGUUCUUUAUUGUCUGCUUGAGUUUGAUUUACUAUGAAAACACCUCGUCUUGAUGACUAAAUAUUUGAAAAUUAAUGUUUGUAUUGUUUUCUCCUACACAAAGCAGAGUAUCUUAAUCUUCA